CAAUAUCUGCAGCAAUAAACGUGCGAUUUCUAGAGGACAUCGUUGGAGUCUUUUAUUUAACAUCUGGUGCCUCCUGUGAGGACAAAGAAGUAAGUUCGAAUAUUAUACAUAUUUCGGCAUGGCGGAGCUGAACUGGCGUUCAUCUGCCGUAAAAUCCAUACGACGUAUACAUGCAAGGGUAAUGGAAUCUGAUGGUGAUACCCAUGAUUUGUACCAGCUGGAACAGGAGCUAAGAACGCUGGAGUCUCAUUUCGCGCGAUUCGUCGAGAACCACAAUCAUAUUCUAGGGGAAGCUGCACCGGAAGACAUCGGUCCACAUGAUACACUGUAGGAAACAGUUGAAGAGCUAUACGGCGAAGCGUGCAGCAAGUUGAACCGACGUAUUGGAACAUCUAGAGCGCAAAUCAGUGCCACUCCCAGUACAGGAGGGCGCACAGGCCCUACCACAAAUCUAGAGGGGUUUUCAGUCGAUUUGAAGCUAGACCCGAUAGCUAUCCCGGCGUUUGAUGGAGACAUGUGUAACUGGCUGGCUUUCAAAGAUGCUUUUGAAACGCUUGUACAACGGUCCUCUUACCCUGAAGCGUAUAAGUUGGGUAAGCUACGGCAAGCAGUCAGUGCGAGCAGUGUACCCUUAGUUGGAGGUAUAUACUCUGGUGGCUAUGAGGAGGUGUGGAAGGCCUUGAAGGAGCGCUACGACAACAGGAAACAGCUUGCUGAAAUACACGUCUCACGCUUCCUUAACCUCAAAGUAGCUGCAGAAGAAUCAUCGAAGGCCUUACUAGCUAUUGUUGACACGGUGCAUGAGACGUUGCGCGCAUUACGAGUCAUGGAGAUUCCCGUCAAUCAAUGGGAUGCAUUAUCGGUGCCAAUUGUGGUCUCGAAGCUACCAUCUGCUACGAAAAGGGACUGGUGUAUGAAAUGUUCUUCACACGAAAUACCUCUACUAGAAGAUCUUCUGAAAUUUCUUGAAAGACGGGCGCAUAGCAUUUCUGCGGAACCUCCGCCCCGACAGCAACGCUCGGUGAAGUCGCACGUGGCAGCUGCUGAUGUGGGACAGUGCGCACGGUGCCGUGGAAUUCAUCGUAUUAUUAAGUGUCCUGCACUCAUAGCAAUGGCAAUAGAGCAGCGGUUCGAAGCAAUACGAAAUUUGAAGCUUUGCUAUAAUUGUUUACGUGGUGGACAUUCUUCGAGGCAGUGUCCAUCGGGAGGUUGCAGGAGCUGUGGCCGCAAGCACAACACCAUUUUGUGCCGCGACAAACCUUCGACCAUUGUACAGCCAGCCUCACCAUCUCCACCCCACGUGUCUAAUGAAGGAACCAGUCAAGUAAAAUCAACAACUGCUUUGUGACUAGCAGCCCCUGCAGCAGCCACUGUUGCCCAAUCCAAGCCAAUAACUCUUUUAGCGACAGCACGGGCAUAUGCUUAUGGAGAGGCAUUGGUUCAACGCGUGGCUCGUAUCUUGUGCGAUCCAGGAUCGCAGGUUAGCUUAAUUACAGAUCGCUUUGCAAACGCAUUACGGCUGUUUCGACGGAAGUGUAGUGUUAACAUCGAAGGUGUUGGAGCAGCCAUCAACACGCAAGCUAAAGGCAGUGUUAUACUUACACUGAAGUCUACAACUACUAAAUUUGAGAUGCAUAUUGAAGCUCUGGUGAUACCAUUUAUCACUUCUCAGACACCUGCGAUGAAGGUGGACAUGCGCCAGUGGUCCCACUUAAAGGAACUGGACUUGGCGGAUAUUUGGUUUGGUACUCCAGGAACUAUUGACGUUCUUAUUGGUGCGGAUGUGUGGGGACAAGUAGUGGAGGGUGACAUUAUCGGCGGACGACCUGAUGAACCCUUCGCCCAGCGUACCCGCUUUGGCUGGGUAGUAUUUGGCCCAGAAACUGUUUUUUCUACAUCGAAUGGGUCAUCAUCGCUCGCACUCAGCGCGUUGC